UUUGAAUUUCAGUUUUAAGUGAUUUAUAAUUAUCUAAAAGAACUUUUUCCAUAAUUGUAAAAUUAUUUUUUUCUUCUUUUUGAUCUUUAAAAGAUUCUAAUAUGUUAUCCUUUUCAUUAUAAUUAUUAAAAAUUCCUUUAGGAUAAUUAAUUUGCAUGUUAAUUUAUUAUUAAAGAUUUUCAAAUUCUAUUAAAUUAGUUGUUUUUCGGAAAUUUUCCAUUAAAUGCUUAAAACUAGUUAAUGUAGUAUUUUAAAAAUGGCUUAAUUCAGUAUUAAAAAUAUCCUAAGCUUUUUAUUUAUUUAUUUAAAUUUAAUUCAUAUUAUUUUCUUUUUCAAUUAUUUUUCCAUUUUAUUAUUAUUUGUAUAUAUUGUUAUCUUAUAAUGUUUUUUAUAUUCUACUAAAAACCAUUUAAUUAACAAGUUUUUUGUUUAAUUUUCUUUAUAAAGAUUCAAAACCUAGUUUUAUUUUAUCAUCAGCUUUUUUUUCUUCUUUUAUAUCAUUUAUUUCUUCAUCUUCUUUUAUGCUUUUUUCCUCUUCUAUUGCCAUUUUACGAUUUUCUUAAUCGUUUGUUAUUGCAUUUAUUGCUUCUACGUCUAUUUAGGGAUCUAAUUAAUCCAACUUUAAUGAUUCUUCGUGAUCUUUUCGCAUUUUUUUUAAUUCUUCAGCAUUUUCAGCUGUUUUUAUUAAUAGAUCUUUCUUCCAUUUUUCUAAAUUUGUUGAUAUUUUUCGAUUAUCAUUUAAAUAUGUUUUUGGUUCAGGAAAAAAUUCGCCUUCAAUAUCUUUAUAAGGAUUAUAUUGAUAUGAGUUUUUAUCGGAUUUUUGUUAUAUUGGUUUUUAAUAUUAUUUUUCGCAUUAAAAUUCUAAUUUGGAUGAAGUUUCAGAAUUUUUA